AUGUGGCUUCCAUGGAGCAGGUCGGGAGAUAGCAGAGUGGAAGAGCCUUCAUCAUCUAUUUCAGCCGUCGCCUCCUCCACGUCGUCCAGCUCAAGCGCGGCGGAAAGGAGUCAGCACAUUCAAGCGGAUAGCUCGAGUCAAGAUGUCAGGCCAUAUGUUCCGCAAUCAGAGCCUGCUACUUCAAGGCGGUCUAGCGACCGCGAGCCGUACGAUCAGAGCGCAGAUCCCUCCAUAUCGCAUUCGGACUCGGCCUCUGGCUCGGCAGGUCCUGCACUAGCUACCAUUCCUACCACUGCUUUUCUCCUCGGUUUCGCAGCUGGUGCAUACAACAACGCUUCCAAAGCCGGACUGGUGUUCAUGGCCGAAAAUGCUCAUCGACGUCCAGAUACGGUGCAAGGUUGGUUCUUUUACAACAAAACAAAGGUGAGGGGUACGAGGAUGUUAGGGUUUGAGAAGUAUGAGCAGGUGUUCUGCCGAAUCGAUGCGGAGAUGCUACAGAGACGGAGGGGAUGUUUUGGCUCAGAUGUAGCAUUUCCCGACCUGCCGACGCUGAUGAGGAUCCCUGCUUCAUAUCUCGCGCUCGCCUGGGGCAGAAUUACAAAGUCGUGCUAGCUGCUGGCAAAGGCGGAGCACGGACAGGUCUGAGAUUGGGUCUAUGGACUUUUGCAUUCUUGGCCUUGGAGAAGGGUUGGAGGGAUGUGAGGUUGUGGACUGGAGUAGGAGCAAAUCAACAGACACUUCGGGCGCGAAAUCCUGAAUUACUGCGGAAAGAGGGAGGGAGAGAAGGAUUAGAUGCUUAUAGAUUCGUCGAUGGCGCUCUCGCUGGAUCAGUGGUCGCUUCCUCGGCUGCUCUUUUCUGUGAGUUGAUCGGGUCACCCCCUGCAUCGGAUUUAGCAAGUCAUUCCGCCUCCGGGCGGAGCACGACGAUUGGAUCUCGGCUCGCACGCGUCAGCCACAUCUGAUCAAGCUCGCUCUGCUGUCUGCCUCUGUGCGUGCAGACAAGUUGCCCAAACCUUUGUUGCGAAGAUCAGUGCUUCUCGGACUGGGCGCAGGAGCGUGCUUCGGUGGACUACGAUCUGCACUGCAAUUUGUGGAUGAGGCCAGGUUACAUGGACAAGAUGAAGGGGCACUAGAGGAUGCUGCUCGGCAUCAAGGUGCGGCAUCGACAGAGGUUGGGUGA